CGAUGGUUAUUGUGUUCCUCCCCUCCACCCUCACGCAUUCGUGAGUGCAAAAAGUUUGACUUUUUUUUUGUUUGUUUGUUUGUUGAAGACGGCUUGCUGGGAUUUUAGAAUUGUUUAAUUAUACAAGUGCGAGUGCCUGCAGGCUUCUCUGAACUCGAAUGGAUGAGCAAAGUGCACUAGAUGUAAAAGUAGACCAGGCGUCAGACCCAGGCAACAAAAUGGCGUCGACGGAUGUCGACUUAAAGACGAUGCGACACGAGCUGAAAAUCAUGGAUGUCGAAGGACCUACGAGCACAGUCGCUCCCAUUAUUAUUGAGGUGGAAGACUCAGAUAUAGAGGAAACGGACAGCCAUGCGCCCGUGGCUGCAGAUGAGAAGCUACGUGACGAUCCACUGCUGUAUGACAAAGACAAUGUCUCCGCCAAAACGGAGCUCAGCAGCGAUGUGGAGAGCAACAACUCGUACGUUGACCCCAUGGGGCUGCUCGAGCGCAUGGAUAAUUAUGGGGACGCAGACAGUCAGGACGAGGAGGAUGACUUCAGUGUGGACGAGGGCACGUCUGUUAGCACGUCCCACAGGCGAUCGAGAGCAGGUCGUUGGCUCAUUUGGAUGAAGCGCUGGCCCUGGCUGCUGCACGAGGACAGGGACAAGGACUACGCCUACUGCCUCUACUGCAACAUCCAACUGAACGUGAACAGGCGCUCCAAGUACAUUCAGCAGCACAACCUAUCGCUCUACCAUCAAGAGCGGGAGACCAACUAUCUCGCCUUCUUGGCGAGCCAGAAGCUGAACGCCACAAGCGAGCUUAGCACCGAGAUCAAGCACGAGAUCGGCACCAGCAGCUAUGUGGCGGCCAUGAAAGAGAAGCGCGUCAGGGAGACAGAUGCCUUCAGCGAGUUCAAUUGGUCGCGUUGGCUGGUCAUGCACAGCUGGCUGGAGCGCACGGGGCAGCAGGGCACAAUUGGCUUGUGCAAAUUGUGCAACGUGAAGAUGAAUGUGGAGUUUGUGUACCUGCGCAAGCGGCACGAGGGCACCAAAGGCCAUCUGGAGGCUAUGCGAUCGCAGGGAAAAACAGCCUCGGGGCAGCAGACACUCAAGCGCAAGCGCAGGGCCAGCACGUACCAGGCACCUGUCCCUGUGGAGGAGGACUCAGACGACGAGGAGGAGCAAGCGCCAGCGUCUCGGCGAGCCAGCACCGUUGGGACUGUCGUUGGCGGGGAUGCCGAUGCCAGCAAAUGGUGCGAACUCAUUGCCGACACGAGUCCACAGCAAUGUCGCUGCACCCUGUGUAGCUGCCAGAUGGUAUUAACUAGCUUCCAGCGCCACAGCAAGACGGGUGCUCACUACCAGAAUCUCCAUCUCCAUCAGACCUUAAAGGGCUCUGGGACUGAUGGCGGAUUUUGGGCGCGUUUUUCCGAGCUGCAUCCCUGGCUGGUGGCGGAUCCUGAAGACCCCAACUUUGCUUUUUGCAGCAUCUGCUGCAAGCGCUUCAUGUACGGACACUCGGAGAUCAAGCGCAAGAAGCACGACAGCUCUGAGAAGCAUCUGGCAGCAGCUGCCGCCAAGAGAGCGGCGGAGGGGGAGAAUCAGGAGCAGCAGCAGCAACAUCCCAGCGAGCCAGCACCAUCGUUGGCCUGCACGGAAAGCGAGCGCAGCUAUGGGCAGUCCCAGAUGGAUGAAGAUGAUGAUGAUAAUUGGUCCGAGGCGCGUAAUCGACACGCUGCAGAGCCAUCGGACCCGUGGAAGGGCACGUCCAGACCCGCGCCUCGAUUUUAUUCGUGGCUGCGCCUCUCCAAAGAUCGCAAGACACAGCUGUGCCGUUACUGUCGCGUGCGCUUCCAUAACGAGUCGGGCAAGGCGCGACACGAGCUCAGUGCGCGCCACAACAGGCUGGUUAUGCAGCAAAAGGUGCGCCAGGGAAUGCUACGGGUGGCGAACAAGCAGCAGAACCGACUGCAGCAGGCCGAAGGCUCCGAGGAGCAAAGCAACACGGACUCUGGCACCGUGCAGGAAAACACGGCGGAACCAGCUGUGAGGAGUGUCAGCGCCAUUCCGGCCACAAUGAAGGGCAAGGUGAUGGUGUGGAAGCAGCGUUAUCCCUGGCUCUCGUACAAGCGCAGCGAGCUGCGCAGAAACUACGGCUGGUGCAAGCUCUGCGAGGUGUCCGUCUUCCUGCCCACCUCCAAGUACGCGUCGAAACAUCAGCGCUCCACGCGCCACGUGCGGCUGCGCAUCGAAAGGAAACGCACGGGUGGCAAGCCGCCAGCCGCAGCGGUCAUAUCCGCGGCAGUGGCCACUGCGGCAGCGCUGACGAGUGCCGAGGCCAGGCAGAAGGCGGCAAUGACCGAGCUGCAGGCGAAGUACGAUUGGUUGGAUCCCGAUGGCACCGAUGAGAAUCACUGCCACUGCCGCAUCUGCGACACGCGGCUGCCCAUCAAAGUGUUCUUUCUGCGCCAGCACGACGGCUCGCGUAAGCAUGCCGAUAAUCUCGAGAAAUACAAAAUCAGCGAGGCGGCCGCGAGCCUCUCCUCCAGCAGGGGUGCGGCCGAGGUGCAGGCGGAUGUCUUGGAUCUGGACAGCGAUGGGGCGUUGAGCGUCAAAUCUGAGGGCAGCACGACGGGUGAUCCGCCGUCUAAGCGUUCACGCCGCUCGAUGGAGAUGCGGCACAUCUUGCGCGCCCUGCGCGACUCCGUGGGCAAACGUUCGGACGAGCGCAGGCAAAUGGACAUGGCCAAGGACAUGAUCUGCUCCUCCUUUGACAUUGUGACGCGCCUGCGCAACCUGGAGCGUGGUGCGGGACAGCCGCAGCAGGAUUCCACGGCGCUGGCGCCGGUUUCGCCCAAUGUUUCGAUAACCUCCGUGCCACCUGGGCCACGGCAUGUAAUGGACCUGUUCUUCGACAGCAUUUCGCCGACAAUGAAAGCCCUGCCGGCCGAUUUGGCUGCGGAAGGCAAAGCCAAAAUCAUGCAGCUCGUCUGUGGGCUGGAAGUGCGCGCCAUGCAGCGUAUCGUGGUUCCCGCAGCUCCUGCGGCAGCCAACGGUGUCGCCAGCAACACGGAGACAGUCAGCUCUGAUGCUUCGCCCAACAGCGGGGCGGACUCUUCGUCGCCGGCGCAUUCCAACUCCACCACCAUAACCAUAAGCGAUCCAAUCGAUGAGCACACUGCACAGCUGAACAGCAACGAAGUGGAGGCCAGCCCCAUGCCGUGCCAGACGACAGUCAGUGUCAAUGGAUGCACCAAGGAGCUGUUGAGCAAUGUGCGCCGCUUCUUGCCCAGCUCGCUGCAGGUGUCCAGCCGCCACGAAGACGCCGACGCCUUGCGCUGUGUGCCCCUCAACAAGCUGACCACAACGAACAGCCUGAACGUGCGCUCCAACAGCCUCAAUGGCGCCGCAGAGACCACCUGCACGUACACGCCAGUGAGGUCCAACUCUCCACAGACAGCGGAUGUCAAUCCCCUGGCAAUGAUGCGCCAGAUACGUGUGAACAAUGGCAGCCAGUCCAAGAUGAUAACCAUUUCAAAGACACCGACACCACAAGUGCGACAUUCCGCAGCCAACAGCAGCAGCAUCAUCAACGGUGGGGCGCCGAUACAGUACUACAAGGCGGUUCACAGCAGCAGCAGCAACAGCAACCAUAAUCGGAAGAGUCAGCCGCUGGCAAUGAGUAAACCAUCGCAGUAGGACAUCACACACACUCCACAGAGUACUCCCCCUUUAAUCCUAGCCUUAGCUUAUAGUGUACUCCCCCCCCACGACUAGAUGUUCCCUUGGUUGGUCACGUCUCCUCCCCCCGUAUUACAUAUUCACGUAGCUUGUAGGAAGAAUUAUUUCAGUUUAAAGAACUUAUGUGUUAAGGUUGAAAUGCCGAUGCCGAGAGUGAGCCUUCCCCCAGGCCUGAGUAUGAUUAGUUUAUUCCAAAAGCAGUGAGUUGACACCAGUUACAUCCCCUUUAUAUACAUAGCCAUAUAAACUGAACGAAUGUAAGCUGAUUUUUUGCUUGUUUCGAAUUGGGAGACGAAUUUACAGAACAUUUUUUAAGCACU